CAGCAAUGUGAGGCCCGUAAUCUGCCAGCACCCUAUGACAAAAUGGAACCCAGCCAGCAGUGUGAGGAGACCUGAAAGUGGCACAUGGCAGAGUGUGGCGAUGGAGACAGCAGCAAUGGGAGGCCGUACAGGGACCCAUGGACACACUGUGGACCUGCAGCAGCAUGAGCCAGCAGAUGGCCUAGGUGACUGGCACCCUAUGAAAAAGUGGAACCCACCAGCAGAUGUGAGGAGACCUGAAAGUGGCACAUGGCAGAGUGUGGCGAUGGAGACAGCAGCAAUGGGAGGCCGUACAGGGACCCAUGAGACACUGUGGACCUGGCAGCAGCAU